AUGUCCGGCCGACUCAUCAUACCCAUAGUGGUGCUGGCUCUCGUUGGUGGUGUGAACGCUCUGGCAGACGACUCGACCAGAACUGGGGACCCAACGAUCGCGGACAACACUAGGAACUCCGUCUACGAGAACAACAUGACUAAAGGCGAACGAACUGAAAGACAAAUAAUUUACGAGGCGGGUGUCGGAAUAGCUGACAUGACUGGACCGUGUGUGGAGUACAAUUUUAUGGGAUACGCGGAUUUCGGGCAAGCAGGGCGCGGUAUCCACUUGCGCCAAUUCUCCAGGGCAUUCAUCUUCGCGAAGGGUGACACUAGGGUCGUUCUGGUAACGGCAGACGUACAAUCAGUUGGCAUUGCUGUCAGGCGACAAGUGGUGAAGAAUCUCCAAAAGUUGUAUGGCGACAUGUAUUCCCUGCGCAACGUGGUCCUUACGGGGACUCACACGCACAGCGCGCCUGGCGGCCACCUUGUCGACUUCCUCCUGGACAUCAGCAUCCUGGGCUUCUCCGAGGAGACCUUCAACGCAUACGUGGCAGGAAUCACCAGGAGCAUAGUCCGGGCUCACGAGAACAUGGUGCCCGCUCGACUGCUCUUCGGCCAGACGCGAUUGUGGGACGUGCACGUUAACCGUUCCCCAUACUCCUACAACCAAAACCCCGCCGAGGAGAGACAGCGGUACGAAACCAACACUGACAACACCCUCACCCAAGUGCGCAUAGUGAAGAGAGACGGAAGCCUGCACGGGGUGCUUAACUGGUUCCCCGUCCACACCACCAGCAUGAACAUGACGAACCACCUCAUCUCCUCCGACAACCUCGGCUACGCCGCCCUAAGGAUGGAGCGGGCACUGAACCCGAAUUCUCGCACUGGCCAGCCGGCCAUAGUGACGGGCUUUUUCUCCUCGAACCUGGGCGACGUGUCGCCCAACACUCGGGGCGCUCGCUGCGAGUUCAGCGGGCGCCCUUGCGACCACCAGUUCGCACUGUGCCAAGCCCUGGAGCGGUGCUUCGCCACGGGUCCCGGCGACGACAUGUUCGACAGCACCAGGAUUAUCGGCACCGCAGUCGCCAACGCCGCCCUGAACGAACCCGUUAAAGGCUGCGUCCCAGCCAUGGGCUAUAGCUUCGCGUCUGGAACUAUUGACGGGGCGAACGUAUUAAAUAUAACGCAGGGCACGUUAACUGGGAUACCACAGGUGGAUGCCAUCGUGGCAACACUAUUAGGACCAACACCCGAAGACAUCGAGUGCCACGCCCCGAAGCCUAUACUCCUUGCCACCGGCAGGGGCACUACGCCAGUCCCCUGGCAUCCGCAUGUGGUUUCCGCAUCGCUGGUAUUACUGGGUGGCUUCGCGCUCCUCGGCGUGCCAGGGGAGCCCACCACCAUGGCAGGCCGGAGGAUGAAAGACGUGGUGGGGGACGUCAUGAGAAGACGUGGUCUGACCCCCAUGGUAGAGGUCUCCGGCCUCACCAACGAGUACAUUCAUUACGUCACCACAUUUGAAGAGUAUCAGGUUCAAAGAUACGAAGGUGCUUCAACUAUCUACGGGCCGCACACCCUCGAUAUCUUCCUCAACAAGUUUACAGAGUUCAUUACCGUCGCUAUUAAGGGCGGAGAUGUGGAACCAGGUCCCGAGCCCGAAGACCACCGUGAGAGGACCGUCUCACUGGUGCCUCGAGUGGUCCUGGACGCAACUCCCAUCGGCCGGCCCUUUGGCGAUGUGUUGCAGCAGCCACCUCCAGUUGUCAGACCAGGAGACCUAGUCAGCGCCACUUUCGUUGCCGCCAACCCCCGGAACGAUCUACGCCAAGAGUCCUCCCACAUGGUGGUGGAAAGGUACGAGAGGAACACGUGGGUGGUUGUAGCAACUGAUGCCGAUUGGGAGACCAAAUUCCAUUGGGAGAGAGUGUCGGCCUUGUUCGGAACCAGUAAGGCGCGUGUUGAGUGGCAGGUACCGAGUGCAGUGAUCCCUGGACCUCACCGCCUGGUGUACCGGGGCGCUUCGCGUAGAAUCAUUGGCUUCGUCGUCCAAUUUACUGGAGUCAGCGACACCUUCCAAGUUUUAGCA